AUGACAUAUAAGACAGGGUUCCAUCUGUAUGCAGGCUUCACUAUGACAUAUAAGACAGGGUUCCAUCUGUAUCCAGGCUUUACUAUGACAUAUAAGACAGGGUUCCAUCUGUAUCCAGGCUUUACUAUGACAUAUAAGACGGGUUCCAUCUUAUGCAGGCUUACUAUGACAUAUAAGACAGGGUUCCAUCUGUAUGCAGGCUUUACUAUGACAUAUAAGACAGGGUUCCAUCUGUAUGCAGGCUUUACUAUGACAUAUAAGACAGGGUUCCAUCUGUAUGCAGGCUUUACUAUGACAUAUAAGACAGGGUUCCAUCUGUAUGCAGGCUUACUUGACAUAUAAGACAGGUCCAUCUGUAUGCGGCUUUACUAUGACAUAUUAAGACAGGGUUCCAUCUGUAUGCAGGCUUACUAUGACAUAUAUAGACAGGUUCCAUCUGUAUGCAGGCUUUACUAUGACAUAUAAGACAGGGUUCUAUCUGUACACUGUACCUAUCGACCUAACUACAGGUACUACGUACUGUACCAUCUGUACCCACUCUGUACUACUAUACCCUACUAUGUACUACUGUACCUACUACUGUACUACUAUACCACUUACGAGUACCACUGUACCCUAUACGUACACUGUUACGUACCUACUACUUUACUACUAACUGUACCUACUGACUUACCCUACUACUGUACUACUGUACCCUACUACUGUACUACUGUACCCUACUACUGACCCUGCUACUAUACUACUGUACCCUACUACUGUACUACUGUACCCUACUACUGUACUACUGUACCCUACUACUGUACCACCUACCCUUUACACUGUACCCUACUACUGUACCCUACUACUGUACUACUGUACCCUACUACUGUACUACUGUACCCUACUACUGUCCACUGUACCCUACUACUGUACCCUACUACUGUACCACUGUACCUACUACUGUACCCUACUACUGUACUACUGUACCCUACUACUGUACCCUACUACUGUACUACUGUACCCUACUACUGUACCCUACUACUUGCCACUGUACCCUACUACUGUACCACUGUACCCUACUACUGUACCCUACUACUGUACCACUGUACCCUACUACUGUACACUGUACCCUUAUAUGUACACUGACCCAUACUAUGUCCACUGUACCCUACUACUGUGACACUGUACCUACUACUGUACCCUACUACUUGUCCACUGUACCUACUACUGUACCUACUACUGUCACUGUACCCUAACGUACCUUACCCUACUACUGUACCCUACUACUGUACUACUGUACCCUACUACUGUACCCUACUACUGUACUACUGUACCCUACUACUGUACCACUGUACCCUACUACUGUACCCUACUACUGUACCACUGUACCUACUACUGUACCACUGUACCCUACUACUGUACCCUACUACUGUACUACUGUACCCUACUACUGUACCUACCUACUACUGUACCCUACCUUAUGUACCCUAUUACCACUGUACCCUACUACUGUACCUACCUAUGCUGUACCCUACUAUGCUAACUUAUAUGAUCCUAAAGAAACUGCCCAUAUGUAACGUACUACACUUUAUUGUCCUAUUGUACUCUGUACACUUUACUAUGACUAUAAGACAUUUCCACUGUAUGCAGCCUUCACUAUGACAUAUAGACAGUCCAUCUGAUCCCAGGCUUUACUAUGACCUAUAGACAUCCUCUAUCACUUUACUAUGACUAUAAGACAGUUCCAUCUUAUGCAGCUUUACUAUGACAUAUAAGACAUUCCAUCUGUACCUUACUAUGACAUAUAGACAGGUCUCUGUACACUUUACAUACAUAUAAGACAGGUCCAUUGUAUCAGCUUACUUGACAUAUAAGACAGUCCACUGUACACUACUAUGACUAUGCCCUCCACUGUACACUUACUAUGACAUAUAACAGGUCCACUGUAUCAGGCUUUACUAUGACAUAUAAGACAGGUUCCAUCUGUAUGCAGGCUUACUAUGACAUAUAAGACAGGGUUCCAUCUGUAUGCACUUCACUAUGACUAUAAGAAGGGUUCCAUCUGUAUCCAGCCCCUUUACUAUGACAUAGUACACCUUACUAUACUCAGACUAUACUACACAGUCACUAUGACUGUCUCUACCAAGACCACUACGUACUAUCCCACUACUGCUUGUCCUCUUACACUAUAUAUUACUAUAGUAAGACUAACGUCAUUUAAUAUCCCUUUACCACAUUCCACUGUACUCUACUUCUAUGACUACUAGUACUAUAUACACGUUACUGUACCUAUACUCCCUACUAUCAGUACUACUACGUACCCUAUAUGUCUCUACACACCCCUCCUUACUACUGUGCCACUGUACCUACUACUGUACCCUACUACUGUGCCACUGUACCUACUACUGUACCCUACACUGUGCCACUUGUACCACGGUACCAUACUACUGUACCUGUACCCUACGACUGUACCCUACUUACUGUGCCACGACCCUACUACGUGCCACUGUUACCCUACUACUGUCCCUAUACUGUGCCACUGUAAGAACCUACUACUGUACCCUACUACGGUGCCACGGUAACCUACACUUACCCUACUACGUACCACUAGACUGACUACUGUACCCUACUACUUGACCCCUAUACUGUGCACUGUACCCUACGACUGUACCACUGUACCCUACUACUUACCCUAUACUGUACCACGGUACCCUACGACUGUACCACUGUACCCUACUACUGCGUACCCUACUACGUACUACUGCUAACCCUACUACUGUUACCUACUACUGUACCCUACUUACUGUACCUUAUUACGUACCUCCUACUGUACCCUACUACUGUACCCUACUACUUGCUACAUGUAUGAUCUAGAAGAAACUGCCCAGUGAUGUAUACAGUAACAUAACACUAUUAUUGUCUCAUAAUUGUGACAUCUGUAUGCAGGCUUUACUAUGACAUAUAAGACAGGGUUCCAUCUGUAUGCAGGCUUCACUAUGACAUAUAAGACAGGGUUCCAUCUGUAUCCAGGCUUUACUAUGACAUAUAAGACAGGGUUCCAUCUGUAUCCAGGCUUUACUAUGACAUAUAAGACAGGGUUCCAUCUAUAUGCAGGCUUUACUAUGACAUAUAAGACAGGGUUCCAUCUGUAUGCAGGCUUUACUAUGACAUAUAAGACAGGGUUCCAUCUGUAUGCAGGCUUUACUAUGACAUAUAAGACAGGGUUCCAUCUGUAUGCAGGCUUUACUAUGACAUAUAAGACAGGGUUCCAUCUGUAUGCAGGCUUUACUAUGACAUAUAAGACAGGGUUCCAUCUGUAUGCAGGCUUUACUAUGACAUAUAAGACAGGGUUCCAUCUGUAUGCAGGCUUUACUAUGACAUAUAAGACAGGGUUCCAUCUGUAUGCAGGCUUUACUAUGACAUAUAAGACAGGGUUCCAUCUGUAUGCAGGCUUUACUAUGACAUAUAAGACAGGGUUCCAUCUGUAUCCAGGCUUUACUAUGACAUAUAAGACAGGGUUCCAUCUGUAUGCAGGCUUUACUAUGACAUAUAAGACAGGGUUCCAU